GCCGGGGCCCCCGCCGGUCCGGAUCUCCCCCGGUUCCUGCAGGGGACGCUGGGGAGUUGGAUCGUAGUCCAGCUCCGUCUUCGCUCCCCGGGCCUGGCUGCAUCCCAGGCUGGAAGCGCCGGCCCCGGGAGGUCGGGUCCCGCUCCGAGCUGGAGCCGGGCCCCGUCCCGCGGCCGCACCGGCGCCUCGCCCCGGAGCCGGGGGCCGGGAUGUGGCCGUCCUCCCCCUCCCCCUCCUCCCCCUCCUCCUCCUCCUCCUCCUCCAGGGCGGCCGCCCGGGAGGCGGCGGGCCGGGACGUGCUGGCCGCCGACCUCCGCUGCAGCCUCUUCGCCUCGGCGCUGCAGAGCUACAAGCGGGACUCGGUGCUGCGGCCCUUCCCCGCCGCCUACAGCCGCCGCGACCGGAAGGACUUCGAGGCCCUGCUUGCAGAUAUCCACAGGUUACCUAAUCUGAAGGAACUUUUGCAAUCCUCUGGAGACAAAGACCAGUGGGCCUGGGACCUGGUGAGCUGGUUGUUAUCCUCCAAGGUCCUGACAGUCCACAGUGCAGGGAAAGCCGAGUUUGAAAAGAUCCAGCAACUGACCGGUGCCCCUCACACGCCUGUCCCGGCCCCGGACUUCCUUUUUGAGAUUGAAUACUUCGACUCCGCCAAUGCUAAAUUUUAUGAGACCAAAGGAGACCGCGACCUCAUCUACGCCUUCCAUGGUAGCCGCCUAGAAAACUUCCAUUCUAUCAUCCACAAUGGCCUUCACUGCCAUCUGAACAAGACAUCCUUGUUUGGAGAGGGGACCUACCUCACGAGUGACUUGAGCCUGGCCCUCAUGUAUAGUCCCCACGGCCACGGGUGGCAGCGCAGCCUCCUGGGCCCCAUCCUUAGCUGUGUGGCUGUGUGUGAGGUCAUCGACCAUCCCGAUGUCAAGUGCCAAACCAAGAAGAAGGAUUCCAAGGAAAUAGAUCGCAGAAGAGCUAGAGUGAGGCACAGCGAAGGGGGAGAUGUCCCCCCUAAGUACUUUGUGGUCACCAAUAACCAGCUGCUGCGUGUGAAGUACCUGCUGGUGUAUUCACAGAAGCAGCCCAAGAGCAGAGCUGCGAGCCAGUUCUCCUGGGUUUCCAGCCAUUGGUUUAUGGUCAUGAUGUCCCUGUAUCUGCUGCUGCUGCUUUUGGUGAGCGUCAUCAACUCCAAUACCUUCCAGCACUUUUGGAAUCGUGCAAAGAGAUGAUCAUUUGAGCACCUGGUAUGGGCAACCACCUCAGCCAUAUGCCUUAAAAUCCUCAUUCCCUACCUCUGGUGCCUCAUUUCAACCAAGCCAAGCCUGAGGACCAAUUGUGGAACCACAGGAUCAUUUUCCAGAUGCCCUCGACGGACUGAUUGCCUUUGAAGAUGCUCCCAGACAGACUUUAGUCAAGGUGUGUGUGU